UUUGCGUCACCGAAAUGUACGCAUUUUGUGGGGAAAAAAUUCCGGGGAAAAUAGUCGAAUUGUUCUAAACAUCCUUUUCGGUCCUCUUCUACACUGUUAUCACAUAAUGGCAAUGAGAUCUUUCAGUGCAUCCUUGAUGCGUUUUCCCCGGCACAAAGCUUGGGUCAAAACAGCUGUGCCAGCGAGCUGUACACGAUCCUUCACUUCAACAGCAGCAAAAUGGCAAGCCGUUGAAGAAGAAAAAAAGCAAUAUUCAAAAGUAUCAGCCGAUCCCAGCUUUAAGUCAGGCAACGAUGAGCUUCAUGAAUACGGCAAAUACAUUAUGUGUGUUCUACCAAAGUUUAUUCAACAAUACAGCGUCUAUAAGGACGAACUUACACUUUAUGUUGCCCCUACUGCUAUCUAUCAAGUCCUUCACUUCUUACGAGAUCAUACAAAUGCUCAAUUUAAAUCCAUGAUGGAUAUCACAGCAGCUGAUUAUCCAAGUCGUGAGCAUCGUUUUGAAGUAGUAUACAAUUUACUCAGUAUGAAAUACAACGGUCGUAUUCGUGUAAAAACCUACGCUUCAGAAACAUCACCUGUACCCUCUUCGGUUCCUCUGUUCAGCGGUGCUAAUUGGCAAGAAAGAGAAACUUAUGAUAUGUUUGGUGUCUUUUUCACAGGGCAUCCUGAUUUGAGACGUAUUUUAACAGAUUAUGGUUUUGAAGGACAUCCUUUGAGAAAGGACUUCCCACUGACCGGUUACGUUGAAGUGCGUUAUGACGAAGAAAAGAAACGUAUCGUGACUGAACCUGUAGAAUUGGCACAGGCAUUUAGAAAUUUCGAAGGCGCUUUGUCACCUUGGGAACAAGUUGGCACCGGACGCGACGACACACCUAAGAAAAUUGAAAGUGAUGAACAAAAAACUGAAGAGCAAAAGAAGUAAACAUAUUAAAUUAGAAUACAUAUUGAUUUUUAACAUUAAAGUACGACAUAUGGUCAUCAGUGCAAUGGCAGUACCA